ACCGAGCUGUGUAGUCUGGAGCAGACCUGAGCGAGAGCAGGAGCGCCCGGUCUUUCAUGUGCGCAACAACAGAGGAGGAGGGGACAGGGUGUUCGGUGCUUUCAGUGCGCAACGACGAGGAUGCGCAGCCGCAUCUCCAUGGAUCUUUAAGAAUAUAUAACUGAUAAGGAGUCAGUGCACUGGAAACGGUACUGGGUGCGAUUAAAAGUGUUGGAUUCUCUUCCUGAAUGAGGAAAACCACUGGGGACUAGGCUGGGGAUUGGUUAUUUUACUCCUUUUUAAAGGGUUUGCUGAUCUGCCCUGAGAAGAAGGAAGUUUCUGCGCAGCGUCUUUAUUCUAACAAAGGUUUAAUGUCUCUCUUCACAUAAGAUGGCCAUGAGGUUUUGGUGAGGACCCCUGGAGAGGCUUCGUCUCGGAGCGCCAGGGGGGACCGGGGCCUGAGCGCACCGCGUCUGCAUCAGCGAAGCGCGGCGCACCACCUGGAAACUAUAUACGCUUGACGCACCAAAUCCACAAGAAGGGAGAGGGGCUCAGCUUUUUUUUUUCUUAAACGCGCUGCUCUCCUCACCUUCGUUUAAUCUUUUCUCUCUUCUCGCAAAUGGAGUUUUGUUUCAACCUCCGGCUGGUGUGGACUUUACGGCUAGGACAGAAACUGAUCAUGUGAUGACAGAGCGCGCUUUUGGCACAUCUACAGAGUCCAUUACAGGAGCUGAGUGAUGGCUGAGGAUGGGGGAAAUCUCUCCGCGCUCCCUGAAGCCAGGGGCUCCGAGGCUCGCUCCUUUCUGCCGAGGACUUUCAUUCGGCUCAACGAUCUGUCUGGGCUGGGAACGGGAGGCGGGCAACGUGUCAGCUGUGGCAGCGAGCUGGUGAUGGAGGCGGCGUCUCCGGCGUCUGAUGGGAUCUCUGCGGCCGGGGACGAGGGUUCGAUGCACGGUGGAGGAGAGAGUCUGCCCUACCCCACGCUGGCCCCAGUGGUCUUCUUCUACCUGAAACAAACCACGCGUCCCCGGAGCUGGUGUCUCAAAAUGGUCUGCAACCCAUGGUUUGAGCGAGCGUCCAUGUUGGUGAUCCUGCUGAACUGUGUGACUCUGGGCAUGUUUCAUCCCUGUGAAGACAUCGACUGUGACUCUGAGCGGUGCAAAAUUUUACAGGACUUUGAUGACUUCAUCUUUGCCUUCUUUGCCAUUGAGAUGGUGAUCAAGAUGGUAGCCCUGGGGAUUUUUGGCAAGAAGUGUUACCUUGGAGACACAUGGAACCGCUUGGACUUCUUCAUAGUAUUGGCUGGGAUGUUGGAGUACUCACUCAACCUGCAAAACGUUAGCUUUUCAGCAGUGAGAACGGUUCGCGUGCUGAGACCACUGAGAGCCAUCAACCGGGUGCCAAGUAUGCGCAUCCUGGUCACCCUGCUGCUGGACACGCUGCCAAUGCUGGGUAAUGUGCUGUUGCUCUGCUUCUUUGUCUUCUUCAUCUUUGGGAUCGUUGGUGUCCAGCUGUGGGCUGGCCUGCUCAGAAAUCGCUGUUUCGUCAAAGACAACUUCUCCUUCCCUCUGUCCUUGGAGCUUGGAAAAUAUUACCACACAGAAAAUGAUGAUGAGAACCCCUUCAUCUGCUCUGUUCCCCGAGACAACGGCAUGAGGGAGUGCAGCUCGAUUCCCAAGCUGUAUGAUGAAGAGAGACAGCAGUGCAAUCUGGAUAUUGACUCCUACAACAGCACAGACAACACCACCUGUGUCAACUGGAACCAGUACUACACCAACUGCUCCGCUGGCCUCAUCAACCCCUUUAAGGGGGCCAUCAACUUUGACAACAUCUGCUAUGCGUGGAUAGCCAUCUUUCAGGUGAUUACUCUGGAGGGCUGGGUGGACAUCAUGUACUUUGUGAUGGAUGCCCACUCCUUUUACAACUUCAUCUACUUCAUCCUACUUAUCAUUAUUGGCUCAUUCUUCAUGAUUAAUCUGUGCCUGGUGGUUAUUGCAACUCAGUUCUCAGAGACCAAGCAGAGGGAGAGCCAGCUGAUGAAGGAGCAACGAGUGCGCUUCAUGUCCAAUGCCAGCACUCUGGCCUCCCUGUCUGAGCCAGGCUCUUGCUAUGAUGAGCUGCUGAAGUAUCUGGUCCACAUCAUCCGAAAGGGGGCCAAGCAAGUGGCUCAUGUCUGCAGGUUUUUGGCCCGCCGUGCAGGACUUAACAUUGCGUCCUCACCGCCAGCUUCAGAACAACAGCAUAGCCAGAGGCAGAGGAGGAGGAGGAAACCCUCCAGGCAGGGGUCUAUGUCAGUUCAUCAAAUGGUGCACCAUCAUCACCACCACCAUCAUGAUCACUACCAUCUUGGUAAUGGCAGCAUCCAGGAGGGAGGGAGCAUGAGGUGUCUGGAAGGACGGGAUGUUGAGGCAGGGCCUCCCAAAGCGACCACAGGCAUUGUAUCACUGGGCUUGGCACCACCAUCUUCUUUGAUAGCCGCAUCCUCUGACUCAAACCUUGCAGUAUUGGGAAAUCUCACCUCUGGGGCAACUGAUUCAUCUUCAGGUUGUAGUGCCCUCAGAGCAGAAGCUUCUCAUAUCACUUUGUUUCCCAACAACCGGGGAAACUUUCCAAUGGCCUUCCUGGCUCCGACUCCCACAUCCAGGGUCAUGAAGAGAAACUCUGUUCCAUUUGCUGCUCCAGGGCCUAAGAACUACCCCACUCUCCAGGCCAGAGCCCUGGCAGAGUCCAUGCGAGGGAGUGUCACUGCCAGCACGCUAACAAAUCUGAGUUUUAACCUCAAUAUCCCACCCAUGCAUCUGGAGAGACGGCCAUUGAGCCUGGUGGACACAUGCACUCCAACAGCCCAGCUCUCCUGCCAGCUGUCAGCUCGUGAGCUCAUCACCAUGGACACAGCUGGCCUGACCAUGAACCCUGAGACCUGCCCUGAUUGCGCAAAGGCACUGACUAAUAAGUCAGAGGGUUUUACUGAGGGCAACGAGACACCAGGUGACUCGGACAGUGACGGGGUUUAUGAGUUAAGCCAGGACUUCCACCACAGGGACAGGAGAGACAGCCGGCAGCCCAGAAAGAAACGUAGAAGGUUGGGCAAGACAGCUGCUAAGGUUGUCCACUUUUGGAGGCUGGUGUGCGACACCUUCAAGAAGAUUGUGGAUAGCAAGUACUUUGGUCAGGGGAUUAUGAUUGCCAUUCUGAUUAACACUCUGAGCAUGGGGAUCGAGUACCAUGAGCAGCCUGAAGAGUUGACCAAUGCCCUGGAGAUCAGCAACAUUGUCUUCACCAGCCUGUUUUCCCUGGAGAUGCUGCUCAAGGUUUUGGUCUAUGGGCCUUUUGGUUAUAUCAAGAAUCCCUACAACAUCUUCGACGGCAUUAUCGUGGUGAUCAGUGUUUGGGAGAUCGUGGGUCAGCAGGGUGGUGGCCUGUCUGUACUAAGAACGUUCCGGCUAAUGCGGGUCCUGAAGCUGGUCCGCUUCAUGCCAGCCCUGCAGAGACAGCUGGUGGUGCUCAUGAAGACAAUGGACAAUGUGGCCACCUUCUGUAUGCUGCUUAUGCUCUUCAUCUUCAUCUUCAGUAUCCUGGGGAUGCAUCUAUUUGGCUGUAAGUUUGGCACUGAGAGGGAUGGAGACACACUGCCGGAUAGAAAAAAUUUUGACUCCCUCCUUUGGGCCAUAGUGACUGUGUUUCAGAUCCUGACCCAGGAAGACUGGAACAAGGUGUUGUAUAAUGGCAUGGCCUCCACCUCUCCUGUAGCAGCACUUUACUUCAUCGCACUCAUGACUUUUGGAAACUAUGUCCUCUUCAACUUGCUGGUAGCCAUCCUGGUGGAAGGAUUCCAGACUGAGGAAAUUACCAAGCGGGAGGACUUGCAUGCCCAGCUGAGCCUAAUUCAACUACCUGUAGACUCAGGGGGGGAUACUUCUAAAACCGGUUCAGAGAUCGAUUCAGUUGCACGAAGUAUGGAAGAUGUCAAUGGCAGCAAAAAGGAUUUAUCAUCAUCCACAGUAGUGCCUGUAAAUGGUCAUGUGGAAAUGAAGACCAGUCUGUCUCCACCACUCAUUACCCACACCGCUGCCACGCCAAUGCCUGUCCCCAAGUUGCCCAUGGCAGGCGAUCCUCUCCUGGGAUAUGAAUCCCGUCAAGGCAGCAAUGUCUCCAUGGACCCAGUCUGCUAUGAUAAAUCACCUACUAGUGCUCGCUCCUCUCCCCAUGGCCAAUGGAACUCUGGCAGUGGCUGGGCCAGCCGCAGGUCCAGCUGGAACAGCCUAAGUCGUGCGCCAUCAUACAAGCGGCAGAAGCGGCAGUCUGUCGAGCGGCGAUCUCUCUUGUCUGGGGAGGGCGACUCGAGCUCCGAAGAAGGAGAUGGUGGGGGCGAAGGUGGGGGAGAACUGAUGGAUGAAGAUGACACAUCCCUUACCAGGACAGACUCAAUGUCACAGGCUCAGAGAGGACCAUUGCACAGGAGGAUGGAGUCUGUAGAAACCCGGAGCUCCCUGGAUUUGCCCCCUGAAGCCUUACUGCAGGUGCCCUACCUGUAUCGCUCAGCCAGCAUGCACAGCUCCAGACCCCCUUCCCUGGGUCAUUUACAACCUCCAGAACACAGCGACUGUAAUGGGAAGGGAUCUCCAUCAGCCCUCAGCCCAACUAAUGUAUUUCUGGAGGAAAAUACUGAAGACGAGAAUGUGGAGGACGAGGUCAACCUGAGCCGUUUUGACAGGAUACUCCGAUGGAUGGAGAAAAAGCAGCCAGAAUGGUGUCGGCAGAGAGAUACAUGGUCUCUCUACCUGUUCCCCCCAGAGUCAAGGUUCCGAAUCCUGUGCAAUAAGAUCAUCACUCACAAGAUGUUUGACCAUGUUGUGCUGGUGAUCAUCUUCCUCAACUGCAUCACCAUCGCCAUGGAGAGGCCUUGCAUCAAGCCCGGCAGUGCUGAGCGGAUCUUCCUGACAUCGUCCAACUACAUCUUUACAACGAUCUUUGUGGCAGAGAUGACUGUAAAGAUUGUGGCCAUAGGCUGGUUCUUUGGGGAAAAAGCCUACCUGAGGAGCAGCUGGAACAUCCUGGAUGGGAUGUUGGUGAUGAUUUCUGUUGUUGACAUUCUGGUGUCUCUUAUCUCCAACUCCGGAACCAAAAUCUUAGGCAUGCUCCGAGUACUGAGGCUGUUGAGGACGCUCAGGCCACUUCGUGUGAUCAGCAGAGCCCCGGGGCUGAAGCUGGUAGUGGAGACACUGAUGUCAUCACUCAAGCCAAUCGGCAACAUUGUGGUGAUCUGCUGUGCCUUCUUCAUUAUCUUUGGCAUCCUUGGAGUACAGCUUUUUAAGGGAAAGUUCUUUAUUUGUCAAGGAGAGGAUGUGAAAAACAUUACCAACAAGUCCGAUUGUUUGCAAGCCAACUACAAAUGGGUCCGGCACAAGUACAACUUCGACAAUCUGGGGCAGGCUUUGAUGUCUCUUUUUGUACUGGCCUCAAAAGAUGGAUGGGUUGAUAUCAUGUAUGAUGGCCUUGAUGCUGUAGGAGUUGAUCAACAACCGAAAAUGAACUACAACCCAUGGAUGCUGCUCUACUUCAUCUCCUUCCUGCUGAUUGUGGCCUUUUUUGUGCUCAACAUGUUCGUGGGUGUGGUGGUGGAGAACUUCCACAAGUGUCGGCGCCACCAGGAGGCCGAGGAGGCCAAACGCAGGGAGGAGAAGAGACUGAAACGAAUGGAGAAAAAGAGAAGGAAUUUAUUGGUUCCGGGGGUGAGUUGGGCCCUCUCUGACGGCACACUGAAAGAAGCUCAGAGUAAGCCUUACUACUCCGAUUAUUCCCCCACUCGGCUGCUCAUCCACAAGAUGUGCACCAGCCAAUACCUGGACCUCUUCAUCACCAUUGUCAUAGGGCUCAACGUCAUCACCAUGUCCAUGGAGCACUACGAGCAGCCACAGGAGCUUGACAAUGCAUUGAAGAUCUGCAACUACAUCUUCACCCUUAUUUUUGUUUUGGAAUCAGUCUUCAAACUGGUGGCUUUUGGCUUUCGUCGCUUCUUCAAGGACAAAUGGAACCAGCUGGAUCUUGCCAUUGUGCUGCUGUCCAUCAUGGGUAUCACUUUGGAGGAGAUUGAGGUCAACGCUUCACUGCCCAUCAACCCCACCAUUAUUCGCAUCAUGAGAGUGCUGAGGAUAGCAAGAGUGCUGAAGCUCCUGAAAAUGGCGGUUGGAAUGAGAGCUUUGCUGGACACUGUUAUGCAAGCUCUGCCUCAGGUGGGGAAUCUGGGUCUGCUCUUCAUGCUGCUCUUCUUCAUCUUUGCUGCGUUGGGAGUGGAGCUGUUUGGCGACUUGAUCUGUGAUGAGCUACAUCCAUGUGAGGGUCUGGGCCGCUACGCCACUUUCAGAAACUUUGGGAUGGCAUUUCUGUUGCUCUUCAGAGUUUCCACAGGCGAUAACUGGAAUGGCAUCAUGAAGGACACGCUGAGGGACUGCGCACAAGACACUGGGACAUGCUACAACACUGUUGUCUCUCCCAUCUACUUCGUUUCUUUCGUCUUGACCGCCCAAUUUGUCCUGGUCAACGUGGUCAUCGCAGUCCUGAUGAAGCACUUAGAGGAGAGCAACAAGGAAGCCAAAGAGGAGGCGGAGCUGGAGGCAGAGUUAAACCUGGAACUACAAAUGGAGGCGGCAGACAUGACAAGAUCGCCCCAGCUCAACCCUCUGGCCCUGGGCAUGGAUAGGUCGAGCUUGGGGGGUUCCCCCUGGAGGUGCACUGGAGGUGGGGACAUGGAGCAGGAGAGGGAAGGUCCUAUGGAUGCUCCCACUGCUGAUAUAACCAGAAACUCUGUAGACAUCAGAGCAGAACCCCCCUCAUACCUUGAGCCCCAGCUAGAGUUUGUGCAGCGGAGAGCGCUUUUUGACUCGAUCUCCCUGGUCAUCCAGGGCUCAAUGGAGGGAGAGUUGAGUUUGAUGGACAACCUGUCUGGCUCGAUCUGCCACCACUACGCGCUGCUUCCCAGGCCUAACAAGCACAGCACUGACAAGAAGAUCCCUCUAGCGGAGAUGGAAGCUCUGUCUCUGGCCUCAGAGAAAUCCUGGUCCCUAGCUCUGACAGACGACUUGGCCCCUGAUGAUUUUAACCCCCUCUUUCUAACCACUCUGGAAUGCAAUCCGGAGCCACCAAAGGACAACCUGCUGAGUGUCAGAAAACCUGCAGUGGGACGCACUCAUUCCCUGCCCAACGACAGCUACAUGUUCUUCCCUCUGCAGCCUCUUGGCCUUUCCUCUCCGUCUCCAGCACAGCUUGUAGCACAGUCACAGGGGCCCCAGCACCUAGUGGGCACUCGUAGGGCCCAAUCAGGUUCCAGAGGCUCAGUGCGCUCGCAGCCAGAGGAGUGCUCCCAGCAGCUGACAGUCCCCACAGACUUCUUUAGACCCAUCAGCCCCCACAGCCACUCAGACUCUGAGUGUAUUCAACAACAACCUCCUGCAAGAUGCACACAUGCACUCAGCCGUACGCUCCGCCGACAGGUUGCAGUGUCCACUGAUUCUCAGGAGGCCCUCUGUUCCGAUGAACGAGAGAGCAGUGAAGGACUUCUGAAUGUGGCAGCUGUGGACCUACCUCCAUCCACCUCUCCCUCCUCCUGUUCCUCCCAUCAUCAUCAUCCUCAUAUGCAUCUGGCUCUCUGCCUGGUACCUGCCACACUGGGUGCCUCCCCUAAACCUUUGCGUCCCAGCAGCGUGCACACCCAGCAACAGCACUGCCUUGUCUCCUACUCCUCAUUGGCAUCAUCUUCCUCAUCCUCCCAGCUGCCUCCUCUUCCCUUACUUUCCAGGCCACAACAGCAGCAACAAGAGGAGGUAGAGGAGGCAGAGGAGGUAGAGGAGGCAGAGGCGUCUUCGGUGGAUCAUGAAGUGUCCCUCAUCACAUGUGGAGGACUGGUGAAAAGUGACAACAUAGCCUUGGAGGAUGCAGGCUGCCAGGAGAGUCGGAGUCCAUGUGUGAGGCAACUCAAGAGGUUCCACAGUGUUGACACGCAGGGCCGUAGCUCCCUCGUGCCCCGCCCACGCCCUUACUCCUGGCUGGACGAUCCACGACGCCACUCUGUAGAACUGUCUUCAGCGGAGGACCCCUGUCCCCAGCGCCGCACCACCUCAACAUCUUCUGGUUUUGUGUCUCACUCCGAGAGCCUGCUGAUUCCCACCCAGGUCCCGCUUCCUUCCCCCCGACGCAAGAAGAAGAUGAGUCCACCCUGUAUAUCUGUUGACCCACCUGAUGAACUCGAACCCCAGUCUGGCCUGUACCCAAGCCUCAGUGGCAUGGGGCUGGGGGGAUUAGGAAUGCCUCCUCCUCUGCCCAGCCGGGAAACAUGUUUGAGGAGGAGAGUGCCCUCUAGUGACUCCAAAGACUUGUUUGACCUGGGAGUCGGAGAUGGCUCAGGGCAGGACGGUGGCUCACCAAAUCCCAAUCCUAGCUCUAAGCUAUUGACUCUUCCCAGCUUCUCCUUCGAGAAGACAAGCUCCGAGCACUGAACAUCAACUCUCCCAUCACACGCAGAAACUCACACACACACACGGACCUAGAUGAACCCUCCACACAUAAACACAUGAUGCACUCUGUGUAUCUGUGAUGGUGAUAGUUCUAGUAAUAAUACUGUAGAAAGUAACAAUGGUAAAACUACAACAAACGGUAAAAUUAUCCUUCAUGAGGAGUGAGGUACUGGUGGUGUGACCAUCCCUCGUCUUUGUAUUGUUACUGCUAAAACAGCCAGAGAAGAAGUGACCACCGGAGACGACAAACGAGACUGUUUCUCUUCUGCGACACCUUGCAGCUUGACCUCUGAACCUCUGGAGCAACAUCAGCAUCUGGGAUUUGGUGCCUCCCAAUGGCCACUGUCAGAACUGCCUGGUGUUGCACAGGGUGGACCUGGUCAGUGGAGAUACAAAGCAAUAUGAACGUUUUAGAGACACUAUUUUCUUAAAUUAUUGGGCCAUUGUGGACAGGAUGUUGUUUUUUUUUUUUUUUUUUCACAUCUUGUUUGUUUUUUGUUAACUACGCUUUGUCUUUCUUUUUCACUGUAUGAUAUUUCUACCUUCCUUGGUUUACUGAGGAAUGUGAGCGUUUUUUCAAAGUGCUAAAAACCACGUAUUUGUAGGAAUAUAUAUAUAUAUAUAUAUAUAUAUAUAUAUAUAUAUAUAUAUAUAUAUAUAUUUAUAUAUAUAUAUAUAUAUAUAUAUAUAAAUAUAAAAGUAUUCAUUAAACUGAGCUUGGAUUUUUAAGCACACACAUGAGACCUUGGUGGUUUUGUUUGGAGGAAGAAGGAGUGUAUGCUUGAGGGAUUUCUAUGGAUUUCUUGACAUGCAAAGCCCAUCUGUCUUUACAGGAUGUGAACACUGAAUGUUGAGCAAUUUAAAAAGUGCAGCUAUUUCAGAUUGAUCUCAUCGUUGUUUUUUUUACACUUUUUAAAGUUCAACAUUUAAGUGGAACUUAGUUCUGCUCAAAUUAACAAGCAGUUAGCAGUAAAUAUCUUUCAAAAUUCAUCAUCAUUGCACAUAUACACAGAUACAGGAUUACAAGCACAAAGAGUUCGCGACCGUCAAAUCCAGUGUUGUUAAAACUCCUGUCAAACGUUUGAUUUAAAAUCAUUUUCAUUUAACCAAUUGGUUUGCUUCUGAUGAGUCAGGCAUUUCAUAAAUUAUAAAACAGUGUAAAAAGAGUAUCAGUGUGGAAAAGAAUAACCUUUUUUCAUUUACAUUUUGAAACAAAAUGUCUUGUUACAAAGUAUUUACAGUCAUAUUCAGUAAAUCAGAAUAUUAUCGGAAAGUUCAUUUAUUUCAGUUACUCAAUUCACUAACUGAAACUCAUAUAGAUCAAUUACACACAGACUGAUGUUUGUUAGCCUUUAUUUCUGUUACUUAUGACGAUUUUCGGCUUACAGCUAAUACAAACAGGACAUUUAAGAUUAGAAUAUUACAUCAGAGUAAUUAAAAUAUUUUAAAUACAGAAAUGUGAACUUAAUGGAAAGUAUGUGUAAUACCUGUUAAAUGUUUUCAUUUUCAUGGGGUUCCUGUUAAUCUGACAAAUAAGCCUCAUUGGAACGUGUAUUCCAAUUUAUUGAAUGUGACUGUAUACCCGUCUCAAUAAUCAAUUCAAUAAAUUGGCAUUGCAAUUAAACCCUAACUAUAAUUGUUGACUAAGGUUUUGCAUGUUUCCACUGGUAUUUUAGCAAUUUAUCUUAGUCUUUGAGGGUGGAAGACAUCUUUUUCAUCACCCCAAUCAUGGGCUUUCUCCAUAUUCUCUGACAGCUCAAAUUUGGGACUCUGUUUGGGCCAUUCCAAAACAAUAACAUUACUUCUAGUUAGAAGAACGACAUGUUAACAAACUUAGAAGAUUACAUCAAACCUAAAUUGGCGGUAUAAAUUAAUUUUGGGCUAUAUCGUAUGUUCAUUAAUAGCUUAAACACCUUAUUUGCAGAAUACCUUACCCAUACUUUACUUUUAAAAGCUUUCACAUUCUCUGAAUACUGGGAGCAAAAACGUUUAUCAUUAUGUUUAAAAAUUUCUAAUGAAUACUGAAACCUACUUAAAUUUGCUACAGUAAUUAUCAACCCCAAAGGUUGCCACAUAACAUUUAAACAGUCCCAAUAAUUUUAAAGUAGAGCCUUUUGGUACUCAAAAGGUGCUAACUUCCUAUGUUUCAUUGCUAAUGCUAGCUUAAUAAUGUACAACAGUAUGUUUUCAGUUGUAGGAUUGUUUUGGUUCUAUGAUCCACAAUAAUACUGCUAAAGAAAAGUACUUUUUUUGCAUCUUUGUUUAACAAUAAAAUACAAUUUACAUAGAUUCUUCUUUUAAAAGGUCUCAGCCAGUCCAGGAGGUGGCUGUGGCCUUUGCUGCUAGAGAGAAACCACUUUAAGUAGGAGAAAACUCUGGACAAAGUUGUCUUUCCUUCAGUCAAUAUUUUACAGUUAGGUCUAGCUAAAUUCAGAAAAAUGUCAAUUUAAACAGUGAUCAUUUUUUCAGACAGCUCUUUUUGAGCAAGUUUCUGCUAAAGAGAUGUACUGUAAACAGAACAGGUCUAGAGGCUAAGCAACAUGUUUCUGAGAAGAGCUUUAUUUGGACGUUGACUGUAGUUUAAAUUCAGACCAUAUUACCACAUAUGUACAGUGCUGUGAAGAAGGAUUUCCACUCAUAAAAGGUUUCUUCUG